GAGCGCGCGGCCGCGAGCAAAGGAGGGAGGGAAGGAAGGAAGAGAGCGAGGCAGGCAGGCAGGCGCGGGGGUCGGUGACUGAGGCAGCAGAGGGAGGCGAGAGCCCGGCAGCCGCUUCGCGCAGUGUUUGCUGCGCGGGCUUUUGGAGGGGGCGGCCGCUGAGUCGGCCGAGGAGAAGCGGGCACCAGCGGCGUUGGUGCUGGUGCCUGGGGGCGGGGGACUGGGGAGGCAAGAAGGGGGGUCGCUGCGGUGGUUCCCUCGCUGUCGCGCUCUCCUUGCCUUUCUACCCGCUCGGUGGGCUCCUGCCGGCGUCUCCCUCGCCUCUUGGGGCCCCGCUCCCCGCCCCCCGCGGUAUGUCUUGAUCCCGAGCAGCGGGUUUCAUGGGGCUCCUCAGGAUUAUGAUGCCGCCCAAGUUGCAGCUGCUGGCGGUGGUGGCCUUCGCGGUGGCGAUGCUCUUCUUGGAGAACCAAAUCCAGAAACUGGAGGAGUCCCGAUCGAAGCUAGAGAGGGCUAUUGCAAGACAUGAAGUCCGAGAAAUUGAGCAGCGACAUACAAUGGAUGGCCCUCGGCAAGAUGCCGCUUUAGAUGAGGAAGAGGACAUGGUGAUCAUUUACAACAGAGUCCCCAAAACUGCGAGCACCUCUUUUACCAACAUUGCCUAUGACCUGUGUGCAAAGAAUAAAUACCAUGUUCUUCACAUCAACACUACCAAAAAUAAUCCAGUGAUGUCACUACAAGAUCAGGUUUAUGAAUUUGGUGUGAAGAAGAAGCCAAUUUACAUUAAUGUCAUAAGGGAUCCUAUUGAGAGGCUAGUUUCUUACUAUUACUUUCUGAGAUUUGGAGAUGAUUAUAGACCAGGGUUAAGAAGAAGAAAACAAGGAGACAAAAAGACCUUUGAUGAAUGUGUAGCUGAAGGCGGCUCAGACUGUGCUCCUGAGAAGCUGUGGCUUCAAAUCCCGUUCUUCUGUGGCCACAGCUCGGAAUGCUGGAAUGUGGGAAGCAGGUGGGCUAUGGAUCAAGCCAAGUAUAACCUAAUUAAUGAGUACUUUCUGGUGGGAGUUACUGAAGAGCUGGAAGAUUUCAUCAUGCUGUUGGAGGCAGCAUUGCCCCGGUUCUUCAGGGGCGCUACAGAGCUCUACCGUACAGGAAAGAAAUCUCACCUUAGGAAAACCACAGAGAAGAAACUCCCCACUAAGCAAACCAUUGCAAAACUACAGCAGUCUGACAUUUGGAAAAUGGAGAAUGAGUUCUAUGAAUUUGCGCUAGAGCAGUUUCAAUUCAUCAGAGCCCAUGCCGUACGAGAAAAAGAUGGAGACCUCUACAUCCUCGCACAAAACUUUUUUUAUGAAAAGAUUUACCCCAAAUCGAACUGAGUUCAAGGUGUGACUAUUAGAUUUUGGAACUAAAACUUUGACCCUGUCAUUACCUGAAUUCUCACCUCCAGAACUUGGAUUGCUGUUAGAUGUGAGACAGUUCAUAAUGAGCCAAGUUAGGAAACAAACAGUAACAUCAAGGAAUUAGAUACUGGCUGGUAUACCUGUGAGCUAAGAAGUUUAAGUUUCAGCCUUUCUUUGUUUUUUUUGUUUUUUUUUUAAAUUUUCUGGUUAAAUUUUGGUGGAAGUUAUAACCUGGUUGGAAAAAAACCCCUACACAUCACCUAAAAUAAACACAUAACAGUUCUAAUCAAAAGACUAAAUACAAUCUCGGAAAAGGUUCUGAUACUCUGUUUCUGAUAGGGCAUUUUUUCCAGCUACCCAUGAAUGAAGACGAACCCAUUUGCUACUUCCACCUUCACCCAGAGGCUUGGGUUAUACACCUCGACUGAAUAGUGUUAUUAGCGGGCAGUGUGUGCUUUGUUUUUGUGAAUCAUGUCUCAUGAAAUUUAUUGAGAUGUUUGAUCAUGUUUGCUAAGAAAUGUCUCUGCUGUAGUUGGAAUUGCCCAUAUUUAUGUAGGUCAUGUUAAUUUUAAAAAAUAUAUAAUUAUCAUUAGUGUUAAAAAACCCAUUUAAACUAUUAUUAAUACUGUAAAAAGAGUCAAAGCAGUAUUUCUCAUUCCUGUCUCCCCAGUAUCUAAGACUGGGGAGCUACUUCAAAGAAUGUCAACAUUGCCUGGAGUUUUAGUUAAGGCUUCCACACAUUAAUAUCAAAAAAACGUAAAUUUAGUAUUUGUUUCUCCGUGGGUUAUUUGUAAAGAUGUAAACUGAGAUAUCGGUGACUCCAUAUUAUAACUCCAUUAGUGAGCUGUGGUAUGGGUAGGAUUUUCCUACUUCUUCUGUACUUUUACUUGUAGACUAUUUUUACUAAGGUGCUUUAUAAUGUGUUUUAAAGCAUUGCAUUUACAAAAAAAAAA